AUUUUACUGCCGCUGCCGCCUCCAUGCGAGACGCGCUGCGUCUGCCUCUCGUCAGUCUGUGAGGAAGGCCGUCGCCGCGGGCCGUUUAUCGCAAGCCGCGCUUUCGGAUAUCGAGAAGCCGAGGUCUGAAGAGGACACUUGAAUCAUGGGUGACAUUAAAAAUUUUCUGUAUGCCUGGUGUGGCAAAAGGAAGAUGACUCCAGCUUAUGAGAUUCGAGCUGUUGGGAACAAGAACAGGCAGAAAUUCAUGUGCGAGGUCCGAGUGGAAGGAUUUAAUUACACAGGCAUGGGCAAUUCCACCAAUAAAAAGGAUGCACAGAGCAAUGCUGCCAGAGACUUUGUCAACUAUCUGGUGCGAGUUAAUGAAGUGAAGAGUGAAGAAGUCCCGGCUGUUGGGAUAGCCCCACCGCCACCUGUGCUCACUGAUUCACCAGACUCCACUGGCAAUGCUGCUGCUACUGCUGGUGCUGCUACUGCUGCUGCCACCACUACUGCCACCCCAGCUGCAGGGAGUGCUCCACCGCCCAUGGGAGGCCCUCUCCCACCACACCUGGCUCUCCAGGCAGAAAACAAUUCUGCAGCAGGGUCCUCUGGCUAUGGUCCUCCUGUGCCUCCCUGGGACAGGUCUCCUACCAACAUGAAGGAUUACUACUCAAAAAAGGAAGAACAGGAAGUCCAAGCGACUCUGGAAUCUGAAGAAGUGGACUUAAAUGCUGGACUUCAUGGAAACUGGACCUUGGAAAAUGCGAAGGCUCGUCUGAACCAGUAUUUUCAGAAAGAGAAGAUCCAGGGAGAAUAUAAGUACACCCAAGUGGGCCCUGAUCACAACAGGAGCUUUAUUGCAGAAAUGACCAUUUAUAUCAAGCAGCUGGGCAGAAGGAUUUUUGCACGAGAGCAUGGGUCAAAUAAGAAGCUGGCAGCCCAGUCCUGUGCCCUGUCACUUGUCAGACAGCUCUACCAUCUUGAAGUGAUUGAAGCUUAUUCUGGACUCACCAAGAAGAAAGAAGGAGAGACAGUGGAGCCUUACAAAGUCAACAUCUCUCAGGAUCUAGAGCACCAGCUACAAAACAUCAUUCAGGAGCUGGAUCUGGAGAUCCCGCCCCUGCCAGAGGAUCCUUCAGCGCCUGUUGCACUCAAUCUUGGUAAAUUGGCUCACUUUGAGCCAGCCCAGCGCCAGAACCAAGUGGGUGUGGUGCCUUGGUCCCCACCACAGUCCAACUGGAACCCGUGGACGAGCAGCAACAUUGACGAGGGACCCCUCGCUUUUGCUACUCCGGAGCAAAUCAGCAUGGAUCUCAAGAAUGAGCUCAUGUACCAGUUGGAGCAGGAUCGGGACUUGCAGGCAGUUUUGCAAGAGAGAGAAUUACUGCCUGUGAAGAAAUUUGAGAAUGAAAUUCUGGAAGCAAUUAGUCAAAAUUCAGUUGUCAUUAUUCGAGGUGCUACUGGCUGUGGGAAAACCACUCAGGUGCCUCAGUUCAUUCUAGACGAGUUUAUCCAGAGCGACAGAGCGGCUGAAUGCAAUAUUGUUGUGACUCAGCCCCGGAGAAUUAGUGCUGUGUCUGUGGCAGAGCGAGUCGCAUACGAGCGGGGAGAGGAGCCUGGGAAAAGCUGUGGCUACAGUGUGCGUUUCGAGUCCGUCCUUCCCCGCCCGCACGCCAGCAUCAUGUUCUGCACUGUGGGUGUGCUCUUGAGGAAAUUGGAGGCAGGCAUCCGUGGAAUCAGUCACGUGAUUGUAGAUGAAAUCCACGAGAGAGACAUUAACACUGACUUCCUCUUGGUCGUGCUGCGGGAUGUGGUUCAGGCCUACCCCGAAGUUCGCAUUGUUCUCAUGUCUGCUACUAUUGACACCACCAUGUUCCGUGACUAUUUCUUCAAUUGCCCCAUCAUUGAAGUGUAUGGGAGGACUUUCCCUGUACAAGAGUACUUUCUGGAAGACUGUAUUCAGAUGACCCACUUUAUUCCUCCACCCAAAGACAAGAAGAAGAAAGACAAGGAUGAUGAUGGUGGUGAUGAAGAUGAUGCAAACUGCAAUCUGAUCUGUGGUGAAGAGUAUGGCCCAGAAACGAAGAUGAGCAUGUCUCUGUUGAAUGAGAAAGAGACUCCUUUUGAGCUCAUCGAGGCUCUUCUUAAAUACAUCGAGACACUUAACGUUCCUGGCGCCGUGUUGGUUUUUCUGCCUGGCUGGAAUUUGAUUUAUACCAUGCAGAAGCAUUUAGAAAUGAAUUCACAUUUUGGCAGCCACAGGUACCAGAUCCUACCUCUGCACUCUCAGAUUCCUCGGGAGGAACAGCGCAAAGUCUUUGAUCCAGUACCAGAUGGAGUGACCAAGGUUAUUUUGUCCACAAAUAUUGCCGAGACAAGCAUCACCAUAAAUGAUGUUGUUUAUGUCAUUGACUCCUGCAAGCAGAAAGUGAAGCUGUUCACUGCUCACAACAACAUGACCAAUUAUGCCACGGUGUGGGCUUCCAGGACCAACCUGGAGCAGCGCAAAGGCCGAGCUGGCCGAGUACGCCCUGGCUUCUGCUUCCACCUCUGCAGUCGUGCUCGCUUUGACCGACUUGAGACACACAUGAUCCCUGAGAUGUUCCGAACCCCCCUACAUGAGAUUGCCUUGAGCAUCAAGCUUCUCCGUUUGGGAGGAAUCGGCCAGUUCCUAGCCAAGGCCAUAGAGCCUCCGCCUUUGGAUGCUGUGAUUGAAGCUGAGCACACACUCAGAGAGUUGGAUGCACUAGAUGCCAAUGAUGAGCUGACUCCCUUGGGCCGAAUCUUGGCGAAGCUUCCCAUUGAGCCCCGUCUUGGCAAAAUGAUGAUAAUGGGGUGUAUCUUUUAUGUGGGAGAUGCUGUGUGCACUAUCUCUGCUGCCACCUGCUUUCCUGAGCCAUUCAUCAGUGAGGGCAAGCGGCUCGGCUACAUCCAUCGCAACUUCGCUGGGAACCGGUUUUCUGAUCAUGUGGCCCUGCUCUCUGUGUUCCAAGCUUGGGAUGAUGCUCGAAUGGGAGGUGAAGAAGCAGAGAUACGCUUCUGCGAGCACAAGAGGCUCAACAUGGCCACUCUGAGGAUGACCUGGGAGGCCAAGGUCCAGCUCAAGGAGAUCCUCAUUAAUUCAGGCUUCCCUGAAGACUGCCUGUUGACACAGGUAUUCACAAACACCGGACCAGAUAAUAACCUGGACGUCGUCAUCUCUCUCUUGGCCUUUGGUGUAUACCCAAAUGUGUGUUACCACAAGGAGAAGCGGAAGAUCCUCACCACAGAGGGCCGAAAUGCGCUCAUCCACAAGUCCUCAGUCAACUGCCCCUUCAGCAGUCAGGACAUGAAGUACCCUUCACCUUUCUUUGUCUUUGGUGAAAAGAUCCGCACUCGGGCCAUCUCUGCAAAAGGCAUGACCUUGGUCACCCCCUUGCAGCUGCUGCUCUUUGCCUCCAAGAAAGUCUUCUCUGACGGCCAGAUCGUGUUGGUGGAUGACUGGAUUAGGUUGCAAAUCUCCCAUGAAGCUGCUGCCUGCAUCACAGGCCUCCGGGCCGCCAUGGAGGCUCUGGUGGUGGAAGUCACCAAGCGGCCUGACAUCAUCAGCCAGCUGGACCCAGUCAACGAGCGGAUGCUAAAUAUGAUCCGCCAGAUCUCUCGGCCCUCAGCUGCAGGCAUCAAUCUCAUGAUCGGCAGUGUCCGGUACGGAGAUGGGCCCCGGCCCCCCAAGAUGGCACGCUAUGACAACGGUGGCGGCUACGGGAGCAGCUAUCGUCGGGGAGGUGGAGGCUAUGGCUCUGGAGGCUACGGCUCUGGAGGCUACGGCUCUGGAGGCUAUGGCUCUGGAGGCUACGGCAUGGGCAGGGGCUAUGGGGGUGGUGGUGGGGGUGGCGGUUUUGGCGGCAGCUAUGGUGGCUCCAACAACUACAUGGGUGGCUAUGGGGGUGGCGGGGGCUUCCGGGGCCCCAUGCGUGGGGGCUUCCGGGGGGGUGCAGGAGGGGACUUCAGAGGGGGUGCAGGAGGGGACUUCCGGGGAGGUGCAGGAGGGGACUUCCGGGGGGGAAUGGGAGGCUUCCGAGGGGCUGGAGGGUUCCCACGAGGUGGAGGUUUUGGUGGGGGUUAUUUUGGACAAGGAAGAGGUGGGGGCUAUUAGCCACAAGCACAUCGAGACCUUGGCGGAUGCAUGCUACCGAGUGUUCUGGGGUGUCACCGCCACUCCCCCAUUUUUCCCCUCAGCCCAGGGUUCCCAGGUUCUGUGCUUGUAGUUGCUGCAAAACCAAGCAUAUAGGCCCAUUAGUGAUUUUUGUUUAUAUUAUGUAAAAUAAUGAUAGAUAGUACCACAGUUUGUAUUUUUUUUCUUUAAAGUAUUUUCCUGCCUCUUGUUUUAUGAAUAUAGUAGGGAAUAAAGUAUUACACUGAA